AUGCCACACGCGACUUCGCCCAACCCGGGCCUUCAGGUUUUCAUUCUGUGCGGACCAGGAGAGUCGCUGAGCACCUUCACUUCGAACCCCAAGGACUUCUCGAAAGCCCUGAUCCCCAUUGCGAAUCGACCGAUGGUAUGGUAUCCAAUCGAUUGGUGCUGUCGUAUGGGCAUCACAGACAUCGUCCUCAUCACACCUCCUGAGUCACAGCCAGCACUUCAAUCCGCAUUGGUCACACAUCCAGCUCUGACAAGCCUGCCCAUUCGCAAACUGGAGAUCCUAGCACCACGAGAUCUCACACAGACGACCGGCACAGGCGCUUUGCUGCGACUGCCGGAAGUACAAAGCGCCAUCACUUCCGACUUCGUCAUUCUGCCUUGCGAUCUGAUCUCGGAACUCGACGGCAUCAAGCUGAUUCAACGAUGGAUGGAACUCAGCCCGAUCAACAACAGCCACCGUAGCACAACAAAUCAAUUGACGCACAAAGGUGGUCUUGGAGUAUACUAUCCCACGGCCGGCCUGGAUGAUAUAAGCCACAAGAAGGACGAAACGGACUUCAUUGCCACCACAAAACUGCAAACAAGCGGAACAGUGUCAUUGUCGGGAAGAUUACAUCUGGAAAAGCUCGUCAUCGCCAUGCCAACUGACACUAUGCGCGACAAGCUUGAGGAGCACGAGGAAUUCUUCAAGGUUCGCACUGCACUUCAGCAAAAGGUUGGACAAGUGGACAUCAAGACUAAGCACCGAGACGCACACGUCUACAUCUUCCCGAUAUGGGUCAAGAAGUUCGUUGCCAAGAAUGAGACGUUUGACUCUAUCAGUGAAGACGUCAUGGGAUGGUGGGCGAAGGCACAAUGGCAGGACGGCCUAGGCGACAAACUUUCCAUGGAGGAAGCGCUGAAUCCCAAAAAGACCACCAAAGACGACCUUGCAGACAGCUCACAUCUCGAAGAGGACGACACAGCAGGAUUGACGCCACUAUCAACGACCAAGGUUUCGCUGCCACUACGUUGUGCUGUGCAGAAAACGGCAGCCUUUGCCAGCCGAGUCGCCAAUGCUGCAUCAACAGCAAUUCAGCCCGCGCCACUGGUUAUCCCGCCACUGAUGGCAUAUGUACAGCCUUCUCGAUACCAGCCCACUCCAGCUCGAGAUUCGCCAUUGAUUCGCCGCGUAGACAACAGCCAUGCAUUGCUCAGCGUCUCACUCUACCUUGCAAAGCAGCCGACCACCCACACGCUCUCGCACGAGAACAAGGUCCACCCCACUGUUAGACUUGGACAACAAUCGCGCGUUGCACAGGAAGACUGUCUCAUUGCUGAGAACACCAUCGUUGGCUUUCGGAGCAUCAUCAAAGAAUCAGUCAUCGGCAUGAACUGUGAGAUAGGCAAUAAUGUCCGCCUCACAAAGUGCUUGUUGAUGGACGGCGUAACGAUAUGCGAUGGCGCUCAGCUCACGGGCUGUAUCAUCGGCCGCCGUGCUCGUGUUGAGAGCUUACCGACCGCUACGGAGCUGCCAAGUGCCGAGAAGGGCAAGACACGCCCUGAGGACGAUGAUGAUCGAACGCGCCUCACAGAGUGUGAGGUCGCUCCAUACUUCAAGGUAGAGUCGGGUACUGAGGCGAAGGGCGAGAAGUUCUCGUCUUUCGAUACCGCAGAACUGUACGAUGACGAUGAAGAAUAUCAGGAGGAGGACGAAGACUAG